AUGGUCACACCUGGAGUCCUUGACCCUACGAAGGGUGACGAUUGGAAUGUGAUCCUUGAGAAGAAUCCAUGGUUGAAGACCGAACGCCUAGUGGCCAAACCAGACCAGAUGAUUGGAGGUCGAGGAAAGGCUGGUCUCAUUGCUGUCAACAAGAGCUUUGAUGAGGUGAAGGCUUGGAUUUCUGAGCGGAUGUGCAAAGAUACAACCGUCGCAGGGAUCACUGGACAGUUAACUCAUUUCCUCAUCGAGCCCUUUGUGCCGCAUCAGCAGUCUGAGGAGUUUUACGUGUGCAUUCAAUCCCACAGAUACAAAGAUGAGAUCUUCUUCUAUCACGAGGGCGGUGUCGAUGUCGGAGAUGUGGAUUCAAAGGCUUCGAAGCUGGCCAUUCCCACGGGCUGCGACAUUUCGGAGGAAAUGGUGCGACUGGAGCUGUUGAGUGAAGUCGACGCUUCCAAACAAAAGACCUUGGCCAGCUUCAUCAAAGCGCUCUUUACCUUCUACAAGGAACUACAUUUUGCGUAUUUGGAGAUCAAUCCAAUUGCCAUGCUUCCGAACAACAAGAUUGUGCCCCUGGAUCUCGUUGCAAAGAUUGACGAAACAGCUUCAUUCUUGUGUGCCUCAAAAUGGGGCGAGCUCGACUGGCCUUCUCCCUUUGGACGUGCAGCAUAUCCAGAGGAGGCUCUCAUCCGAGAUCUUGAUGGGAAGACCGGAGCCUCCCUGAAGCUCACCGUGCUGAAUGACAAAGGUCGAGUUUGGACAAUGGUUGCAGGUGGAGGUGCUUCAGUGGUGUACUCCGACACUGUGGCGGACUAUGGUUGGGGGAGUGAGUUGGCCAACUAUGGCGAAUAUUCAGGGGCUCCCAGCACCGAGGAGACAUUCACCUAUGCCAAGACCAUCCUGUCCCUGAUGUGCCGAUACAAACACCCAGAGGGCAAAUUCCUGAUCAUCGGUGGAGGCAUCGCGAACUUCACAGAUGUUGCCGCCACCUUCACGGGUCUCAUCAAGGCCUUGGACAUGUUUGCCGAUCAGAUCAAGGAGAACAAGAUUCAGAUUUGGUGCCGGCGUGCUGGACCCAAUUACUUGGAGGGCCUCAAGAAACUGAAGAUUGCGAGCCAAAAACUUGGACUGGGCGUCAAGGUCUACGGUCCUGAGACUCACAUCACUGCGGUUGUGCCAAUGGCACUUGGUCUGAAGGAAGCUUUGCCGGAGCCUGAUCUCAAUGCUGGACCUGCACCUCCUCCAACACGGAAGCGAAUCCAGGUGAAGAGCAAGGCAGCUCCGAAGCGGACGCCUACGAAUGGCAACAAACACACCAUCGUGACGGCGACCCCUCAGUCCAGGGCGAUCGUGUAUGGCCUGCAGAAUCGAGCUGUUCAGGGUAUGUUGGACUUCGACCAUAUGUGCAAAAGGAAAACGCCUUCGGUUUGUGCCAUGGUAUUUCCUUUCAGUGGCAACCACUACGUGAAAUUCUACUGGGGUACAGAGGAGAUAUUGGUGCCAGUCUACACCACCACCAAGGAGGCAUGCCAAAAGCAUCCUGAUGCCAUUACGUUCAUCAACUUUGCCUCUUUCCGAUCGGUGUAUGAGACCACCAUGGAAGCGAUGCAGUACCCACAGAUCAAAACAGUUGCCAUCAUCGCAGAGGGCGUGCCGGAGCAGCAGACGCGCCAACUCAUCAAGGAAGCCGAGAUUAAGGAAGUGGGAAUGAUUGGCCCUGCCACAGUUGGGGGCAUCAAGCCCGGAUGCAUUCGCAUUGGGAACACAGGUGGCAUGCUCGACAAUGUGGUCAUGUCUCGACUUUAUCGUCCUGGAUCAGUCGCAUAUGUCUCCAAAUCUGGCGGGAUGUCCAACGAGUUGAAUAACAUCAUUGCCCGCAACUCCAACGGGGUCUAUGAGGGCGUCGCAAUCGGAGGUGACAGGUAUCCCGGCAGCCGCUUCAUUGACCACCUUCUGCGUUACCAGGACGAUUUUGGCGCCAAAAUCCUGGUGCUGCUGGGAGAGGUGGGAGGACAGGAUGAGUAUGAGGUCAUCGCAGCCGUGAAGUCUGGCCGCAUCACCAAACCAAUCAUUGCUUGGUGUGUCGGCACAUGCGCAUCUUGCUUUUCAACAGAGGUUCAGUUUGGACAUGCUGGCGCACAGGCCAGAGGCAAGACAGAAACGGCCAUGGCGAAAAAUGCAGCGAUGAAGGAAGCUGGCAUCAUUGUGCCUGACUCCUUCGACAAGUUGCCUGAAGCAUUGGACACCCUGUACACCAAGAUGGUCGAAGAUGGUGAGAUCGUGGAGGAGCCGGAAGGUGAAACUCCACAGGUGCCAGUGGACUACACCUGGGCCAAGAAGCUAGGAAUGGUGAGGAAGCCAGCGAACUUCAUUUCCUCCAUCUCUGAUGACCGAGGGGAGGAGCUCCAGUACUGUGGCAUCAGCAUUUCGGAGGUCUUCUCGCAAAGCCUGGGUGUUGGAGGUGUUGUCUCCCUGCUGUGGUUCAGACGGCAAUUGCCACCUGCUUGCUGCAAGUUCGUGGAGAUGAUUCUCAUGGUGACAGCUGACCAUGGACCAGCUGUAAGCGGUGCUCACAACACCAUCGUGACUGCACGAGCUGGCAAGGACUUGGUUUCCGCCCUGUGCAGUGGUCUGUUGACCAUUGGACCACGCUUUGGUGGCGCAUUGGACGAUGCAGCAAAGAUGUUUGCAGAGGCGCGAGACAGUGGCAUUUCACCGAAGGACUUCGUUGAGCAAUGCAAGAAGCAGAACAAACUUAUCAUGGGUGUUGGUCACCGCAUCAAAUCCUUGGCGAAUCCGGAUCAAAGAGUUGUGAUCAUCAAAGAGUAUGCCAAGAAAUUCUUCAAAGAUACCAGCAUCCUGGACUUCGCCCUUGCUGUGGAGCAGAUCACUACGAAGAAGCGAGCAAACCUGAUCCUCAAUGUUGAUGGAUGCAUUGCGGCUUGCUUCACAGAUAUGCUUCGAUCCUGUGGAGCUUUUUCCAGAGAGGAGGCAGAUGAUUUGAUGAGCUUUGGAUGCCUCAACGGUCUCUUCGUUUUGGGCCGCUCCAUGGGUUUCAUCGGUCACCACCUCGAUCAACUCAGGCUGAAGCAGCCGCUCUACAGACAUCCCUGGGACGAUAUCACUUACAUUUCUGAGCUGGCUUGA